AUGGCUCGGCGUUCAACCGCGGUUGUCCUCUCGGUCGCCUUGCUCAACUCCGUUGCUCAGGCUGGAUAUCCAGGCUGGAGUGGCAGUGGAGGUGGUUAUGGUGGGAGUAGACCUCCAUGGUGGGAUGGUGAUGACGGCGGUAAUGGCGACGACGGUAACGGUAACAAUGGCUCGAACAAUAAUGGAAAUAUCAAUCAAGGCGCACUGUUCUCCUCCGAGGCCGAGUUCAACAAGGCUACUCGCAUCCUCAUUGCUCAUGCAGUCUUGGCUUCGCUGGUCUGGGUCCUUUUCAUUCCAUCUCUUGCCAUCUUGGUGAGAUUGAAUCUGAAAGCCCCAAUCAUCCUCAAACUCCAUGCCAUUGGGCAGGUCGCCAGCUACAUCAUCUACAUUGUGGCGACAGGCACGGGUAUAUGGCUUGCACAACAAUCCGCUGCAUACGGCGUUUGGAACGACCCCCAUCCAAGGUUAGGCCUCGCUAUUUUGGCAAUUGCUUUCUUUCAACCAAUCUUCGGCGCGGUCCACCAUCGUAUCUACAAAAGCCGAUCACAAAACGUCGCUGCGGGUAACCCGACAAACCCACCGGGCCGAACUCCGGUUGGAAGGGCUCACCUCUGGUUGGGCCGUGUUCUAAUCGCUCUGGGAAUCAUCAACGGCGGACUGGGGAUCAGGCUGGCAUCCUACAGCCCAUUCCAGACCGAUGCAACUUCACAAAAGGCUAGCAUUGGUUAUGGCGUUGUUGCUGGUGUAAUGUUCCUUUUGUACUUGGUCUCUGUCAUCGCCUUUGAGAUCCGAAGGGCUCGCUUGCAGCUGGCCGAAGAAGAAGAGCGCGAGCGGACUAUGGUUCCCAAGGCAGCGUUGCCGACAUAUGAUGAGAGUCAAGAGUGCGUGGGUCGACCAACACGUUACCAAUAG